AUGGUUCCAUAUUUCUCUGCCUGUUCAUGUGUUUCAACUUUCCAACUAACACUUGCCAGAUGUGGAGACAUUGAAGUUAACCCUGGUCCAAGUACCAACCUAACAGAUCAACGUUUUACUAACUCUACAAGCUCUUCCACUCCAGAUAACGUGAGAAAUAAUCCAAAACGUUUCUGGACUUGGAUGAAGACAAAAACCAAGUCAUCUUCUUAUCCCUCUGUAAUGUCGUAUGGGGACAGGGUCGCGGAAACUGCUAAAGAAAAAGCUAUUAUUUUCAAUUCCUUUUUUCAUUCUGUUUUUCAAAAAGAUGUUUUUCCAAUUACUGAACAGCAUCUAGCUCUCCCUGAAGCUUCUCUUGGUGUCCUGGCGUUACCAGUCAUCCAGCCUGAGUCUGUUUAUAAACUUCUAACGUCGCUUAAAAUUCAUAAAGCAAUUGGCUGUGAUGAACUCAGUAACCAUGUUUUAAUGGUGUGUGCCAGGCCUUUAUCAAUAUCUGAUAUCUGUCAUAUCUUUAAUACAUCACUGACUACAGAUGACUUAAACAUUUUCCAAAAAGUGGAAAAAUUAGAUGACGCUGACAAGCUUCAAGGAUACCUAGACAAACUGUGUUCUUGGUCGCACUUAUGGGGUACCGUAUUGUGUUAAACCAUAAGAAGUGCAAUACCAUUACCAUCACUUUAAAUAAAAACAAAAUUAAUUAUAUUUAUUUAGUUGUUGACAAUCCUAUUAAUA